GACAACUUCCGGGGUGACGUCAUUGUUAGCCAGCCAUCAUGGCGGCGCCGUGUACGCGUACACUUGGUUACUUUCUCACGAAAUAUGGGACAUCCUGUUCAAGUCUACCUGGAGUAUCAUCACAUGCGAGUCGGCCGGUAGUGAGGAGACAAAUCUGUACAAGUGCCUCCAUGCACAGGAAGAACCUGGCUGCUGCUGGCCCCGAAAAGUUCACGAUGGAGUUUAUCGAAAAGCAGGUGGAAGAAUUCAAUAUCGGCAAGCGGCACCUGGCCAACAUGAUGGGAGAGGACCCUGAGAAUUUCACUCAGGAGGAUAUAGAUAGGAGCAUCGCUUACCUCUUCCCUUCCGGCUUGUUUGAGAAGAAGGCACGACCCCUCAUGAAGCAUCCAGAGCAAAUCUUUCCAAAGCAGCGAGCUGUUCAAUGGGGGGCGGACAGACGGCCAUUCCACUUCCUGUUUUACACGGGAAAACAGGCGUACUACACCUUGAUGCAUGACACGCAAAGUAAAAUCCUCAACAUCGAGAGGCAUCAGGAUCGUCUGCGAGCCAAAGGACUCUUUUCCCAGGACGUCAAAACGAUCCCCCUUGGCACAAGCAGGUGGCUCCUGAAAGAGGAGCUGGAGGAGUUGCUGGUGGAGCCCAUCUCUGUUCACGAUUAUACUCGCUUUCUCCAGCUAAUUGAGCGGCUGCUGUCUCAGCCUUACUGCGCAAUGGAGGAGCAGUUUGUUCUUAGUUACCGUCAGCAACUCGAGGCUCAGUCCAGUAAGCAGACAAUCUCGUCCCUGGAGAAGGAUGAAAAGGGCGUGGCCUUUAGUACCGCACAAGGACGCAGAAAGACAUCAAACGCCUCUGUGGUUCUGAGAGAUGGCGGCUCCGGAAGUGUCAACAUUAACGGGCAGAACUACCCCCAAUACUUCUCUGUGCUACAAGACAGAGAGCAGCUAAUGUUCCCGCUCCAGUUCAUGGACAUGCUGGGACGCUUUGACAUGGAGAGCAGCGUGAGCGGUGGUGGGCGGUCCAGCCAGGCGGGGGCGCUGCGACUCGCCAUCUCCCGUGCCCUUUGCAGCUUUCUGCCCCAAAGAGAUAUAGAGAUCAUGAGGCAAGCUGGUCUUCUGACUCCCGACCCCAGAGUGAGAGAGAGGAAGAAGCCAGGUCAGGAAGGUGCAAGGAAGAAAUUCACCUGGAAGAAACGUUGAGGAUGAUACCACCUGAACUCAAAAAAUGAUUACCUCUUAUCAUGCCAGAAUGGAAGACAUUUGGUACUCAGCCACCAGGCGCUUGUGUCCAGAAAUUACGCAAGAUGUAUUAUGUUCAUUAGUACAGUAUAUAAUUAAACUUCCACUUCUAAUCAUCAUACUUUGGAAAGCAAUAUUAGCUUUGUCACUUAAAUACCGCUCUUUAAAACUAUCAGAACUGGUUAGCAAUGUUUUGUCAAAGAAAGAAAGUGCAGGUUGAGGUUAGUCUCAGAAUUUGUGCGGUUCAGUGAAGAAUAACAUUUAUGCAGGUGUGAAUAGUAGGUGGUGGUAUUCUGUAGUCGAGUAGCAGUACUAACCAAUGUGUCAUUGUGCUGUCAACAGUUCUAAAACUAAAAAAAAACUAUUAUA